AUGGCGGAGGGGGGCAGCGCGUGGCAGCGGCAGGCGCUCCGCCUGCGCCGGUUGAGCGGGCCGGUGGACGGCGAGGAGCCCGAGGCCGCGAGGCUGGCCGCGCUGCUCGCCGACCUCUGCGAGGCCUCGCGCAGCCGCGCCGAGUGCCUGUCCACCCCAGCGGCGCGCAGCAUCUACACGGCCAGAGUGUUGGAGCCGGGCGUGCGCGACGCCAUGGGCGCGGUGCGGGCCCGCUGGAACGCCGUCGGCGACCUCCUGGCCGAAGCAAGAGAUGCUUCCCUGCUGAUCGAGACGAUGGAGGAGAUGUGCCGCUUCUUCGACCGCUUCCCGCUCGGGGAGCACAUGGUCUCGGUCGUCGAUGAGGUCAACACCAUGAGACUCGGCAUGAUAGAGAAGACGUCUGACGCGCUGGCGGACGCGGUUCGCAAGGUGCUGCGCCGGCUCGACACCGAGUCCGCGGUGUUCUCCUACGCCCUCGGUCCCGCCCUUGCCAUUUUGUCCUGCAGGCUGCGGCCAUCGAAUUUUCAGCUCGUGGCCACGCAGGGAGUCGGGAAGAUCGCCGAGACCCUGAUGGGGGAGCUUCUGCGGCAGGCACCCUUCGCCGACGACGACCGCAUGGGCCUGUUCUCGUCGAACUGCGGCGGCGACCUGCCUGCGGUGCUGUCCGUGGUCUCCGACCCGAGCUGCCUGAGACCGCUCGCCACCCUCCUGGAGGGCUGCACCCUGCUGGGCCUGGACAAGGCCAGGGCCGCCGAGCUGAUCUCGGUGCUGCGCCAAGUCAAGCGGUGCAGCAGCUCCAGGCCGGCGGUGCUGGACCUUGCAGAGGCGGCGCCCUCCAGCGACGUGCUGCGCCAGAGGCAGGCGGAGGCGUACGAUGCCGCGGGGGUCGCGGACAUCUCCGUCGGGGAUGCCCUCUCGGUGCUGCUGAAGCGGCCCGACCUCAUGGGCACGAUGACGGUGGACGACUUAGAAGAUGCCCCCUUCAGCACGCUGCAGGACCUCCUCCCCGCCGGCGCCAUGCUCGGCGGCCUGGGCGGCGGGGCGCUGCAGCCGCUGCAGCUCGGCGCCGGCACGGCCCAUGCCACGCUGCAGCGGGGCGCCGGCGCCGCUCAGGCCACGUUCCAGCUGGGCGCCCGCGGCCUGGCCGGCGGCGCCGGGCUCCUCAAGGGGACGCUGCAGCGCGGCCUGGCCGGAGCCGCGGCGGCGGCACGGUGA